CUUGACUCAGUAACAGGGAUCUUGUGUUCCUUCACCAUGAUUUGGCCCCGUGACAAGAGCAAACAGUCACAAAAGAUAAGCUCUUCUCACCAUAUAAACAGGCCAAUCUGCAGGUCUAGUCUUUGGAUAACAUUUUCAUCAUACCUCGUGUCCUACUGAUUUCACGAUGCCCAACGCUCUCGGUGAUAGCAACGGCAAAAUGCCGAGUUUCCUUUCCAACGGCAACUUUACCAGCGAUACUUCUUUUUCACCAAAGGAGGGACAUAAAAACAUCACUGCGAAAGAGACAUCACAGCCAGCGGCAGAGGAAAUUCCCAAGCCGUGGGUUUCGCAGCGAUGUACAGAUCAGGCUCGCCCACUCAAGGUUAUCUAUAUCGGUGCCGGGAUUUCUGGUAUAUGUGGUGCCAUUGAGUUCAAGAAGCAAGUCCCUGAUCUAGAGCUUGUCAUCUAUGAGAAGAAUCCCGAGCUCGGCGGGACAUGGUAUGAGAACAGAUAUCCUGGCUGCGCAUGUGCUUUAGAUGUCCCCGCACACGCAUACCAGUUGACCUCCGAGUCUUCGCCGCGAUGGACUUCCUUCUUUGCCUCUGCGCCCGAGAUCCUUCAGUACUGGAAAGACGUUGCCACUAAAUACGACGUUAGGAAACACAUGAGAUUUCAGCAGAAGUGCACCGGUGCUCGGUGGAGCGAGACUACCAACAAGUGGUUUGUCCAGCUCAAAGACUUGACAACAGGUCUUGAGCAUGAAGACUCUGCCGAUGUACUUGUUACAGGUGAAGGUGUUUUAAAUGAGUGGAGGUGGCCUGAUAUCAGUGGCAUCAAGUCUUUCAAGGGCCAGCUCCUUCAUAGUGCAAACUGGGAUGCCGACGUUGAUCUCAAGGACAAGUCUGUCGCUGUUAUUGGAAACGGCAGUAGUGGACUCCAGAUUGUCCCCGCAAUAUUACCCGAUGUCAAGCAUAUGGAUCACUACAUACGCGGUAGAUCCUGGAUCGUUGGCCUAUUCGGAGAUCCAGAGACCAGGCAGCGCAUCAAAGAAGCCGGCGGCAACUUCCAGUAUUCCCCGGACGAGAUCCAAAGCUGGGAGACAGAUCGAGAAGCAUAUUUGAAGUACAGACGCGCCGUCGAGUACAACAUCAACAAGAACUUCGGUGUCCUCUUCAGCGGGUCUUCGGAACAGGCCAACCUUCGGCUUCUAGCUCAAGAGUCCAUGAUCCAAAGACUCAAGGAGAGACCAGAGAUCUAUGAGCACCUUCAACCUAACUUCUCGCCUUAUUGCAAGCGUAUGUCCCCCGGUCCAGGCUACCUCGAGGCGCUGGCAUCUCCAAAGGUUGACACCAUCACCUCUGGAAUCACUAAGAUUGAUGAGACUGGAAUCUUCACUGCAGAUGGCAAGCAUCAUCCGGUUGAUGUAAUUAUCUGCGCCACUGGCUUCCAAACCUCACCCGCCAGCCGAAGCUUUCCCAUCUAUGGUGUUGGUGGAGUAAACCUACGAGAGCGCUUCCAAAAGCGUCCAGAGACAUACCUGAGCGUCUGCACAGAUGGCUUUCCCAACCUCUUCCAAUCCAUGGGCCCCAAUUCGAUGCCCGGUGCCGGCAGUCUCCUACUCGUGAUCGAAAAAACAAAUAGCUACAUCGCCAAGAUCCUAGCUCGAAUGGCAUACGAUAACAUCGCGCGAAUUGAGCCAAAGCGAAAUAUGGUUCAGGCAUUCACCGAUUACUGUGAUAAUUUCUUUAAACAGACUGUUUUUGCAGAGGAGUGCAAUUCUUGGUACAAGACAUAUGAGACCGGCGCUUCGCGUGAGGAGCAGAAGCGAGGACGGAUCACGGCAUUGUGGCCGGGCAGUAGUUUGCAUUGUGUGCGCACUUUAAGUCGUCCUCGUUGGGAGGAUUUUGAGUAUAAGUAUUGUGAUGAUAAUGAGUUUGGGUGGUUUGGAAAUGGAUGGACACUGGCGGAGAAGUUUGUUACCGAUGAGUUGGAGUCUUUGACGUGGUAUCUGAAUGACACCAAUGUCAUGGAGAAGCUGGUGACAUAGAUAUUAGACGAGAGAUAUGUUUAC